GCGGGGCUCGGAGUCCAAUUGUUGCGGGUUCGAGUACGGGUUCGUGCCUCAGUGUUGUGACUUCGCGGCACGGUGGUGAGAGUGGACGUGGUUUCUUCUGUGUGCGUUUCGGAGCCUCCUCCUGUUGUGCCAAAGCAGAGCCUCCAAAGCGGUCAGACCUGCGCCUGGGGGUCCCGAAACAGUCGCGCGUUGAGGCAGUGCUUGGGAGCUCUGAGCGCUCUUGCAAUAUGAGCGGUAGACGGUUGUAACGGCUCCCUCCUCAGCCACCGAGAUCAAGAGCUCUGGGAGAUACGAAUAACACCAUUGCCUUGCCUUUGCCGCUUCGGAUCCUGAUGUCUUCACCUGAAUUUAAGGUUCUGUCACAAGAUGAACUCCGGAAAAGACUGUAUCAGACGUUCAAAAACCGAGGUGUUUUGGACACACUGAAGACACAACUUCGAAACCAGCUCAUACAUGAGCUAAUGAAUCCUGUUUUGAGUGGAAAAAUUCAGCUACAAACCGUUUCUAAUGACUGCAGUUCAUUGUUAAUUAGUGCCUCUAACAGCCUGGUGGCAGAUCACCUGCACAGAUGUGGAUAUGAAUAUUCACUAUCUGUCUUCUAUCCAGAAAGUGGAUUAGAAAAGGAUAAGCUGCUUACUAUGCAAGAUCUCCUGCAUCUGAUGAGGAUCAAUCCAAAGACAGAUCUUUAUAAAACACUGAUUUCAGCCUCUCAAAAGGACAAUGCAAAAGGUUUUCUUGUGCAGGUUUUAAUGGAGCUGAUAGAGCAUAAUCUCUGCAAGGAGACAUGUGACACAGGAACUCAGACAGGUCCCACGCCAUGUUACAAAGAAUCUCUUGCUGAGAAACUUCAACUGAUUGAUGAACAGUUUGCAGACAAGUAUCCUCAUCGCAACACAUUUGAGUCUUUAGAAGUAAAACUCAUUGAAUACAGAAAAGAAAUAGAAGAUCAGCUCCAAGCAGAAAUGGCUCAGAAGUUGCAUCAUUUCAAAGAGGUUGAAAUAGCUAAAAUUCAAAUGGAUGAAAGAGCACAAUCCCAGAAAGAAAUCUCAGAACUUCGCAGAGAAUUUGAAAAAGCUCACCAGGCUAAGUCAGAAGCUCUGACUUCACGUGAAAGGAAUGCUAUUUCAAGGCUUCAGAAGCAGCAAGAGAUUGAUGCCAGAGAGAUUUACGUACAAAGACAAAGUCUGCUGAAAGAUAUUGAAACCAUAAGAAGUCGAGAGGCAGAACUGAAGCAGAGAAUGGAAGCUUUUGACCUUGCUCAGAAGCUUCAAGAAUCAAAAAACAAAACUAUGGAAGAUGCUCUACGUUGUCGAGAGGUAGCUGUGAAGACUAUUGAGGAGACUUAUGAUCAGAAGCUAAAGAGUGAACUCCUGCAGUAUCAGCUGGAACUGAAGGAAGAAUACAUAGCCAGAACCAAGAAGAUUACUGAAGAAGAGAAAAAAAAUAAAGAGAGAGCUACGCUUUUACAGGACGAGGCAAUGUCUGUUGAGUCCAAAAAGGAAGAAUUCAAACAAGCUGUUUCACGUGCAAAAGAGCUUGAGCGGCAACUAGAUUCAGUCAAGGCUCAAGAUUUGCUGUUAAGUAAGCAGAAUCAGUUGCUGACUGAAAAACUGAAAGAAGUCUCAGAUUAUCCACUGCUAAAAGAGGAGAAAAUGGAGCUUCAGGUGCAGAUUAAGAUACUUCAACAGCAGUUGGAGGAGGCACGCAGUGACAACAUUCAACUCAGAGACAAGCUGACUCAGCCAUCUUCCGAAUAUACUGUCCUUCAAGCGGAGCUAAAAAGAAUAGAACAAGCUAGAAAACUCGAACAUGAUGAAUCUGAAACUCAUAAGCAAUUCCUGGAAAAGCAGUUACGAAAUGAGGUUGAUAAUUGUCUACAACUUAAAGCCCAGUUGUCAGAAUGUGAAAAUACCAUCAAGAAGUUAAACACACAAGUGGAAGACCUGAAGUUACAACUGAAGCAAACACAAACAGCACUACAGAAUGAAGUGUAUCGGAAUCCUAAACUGUCUUUGGUCAAUCGUUCUGUCAUUGACUUCACUGGUGACAAAACUGUGCCUCGCGAUAUUUAUAUGGAAGGUGCUUUCUUAACCUCUGUGCCUGUAACUGGUGAUAUCGGAAUGGGAAAUGCUGCAAAUCUGAAGCCUUGUCAUACCCUGAAGCCCACCACUUCACCAGAUUCUGAUUUAGAAUUUGUAGCUGAUACGAAGACUAGGAUCCAAGAACUGGAGAGGGAAGCUGAAUAUUUAGAAGAAGCCUACAGGAAUUACCAGCACAGAGUCAUUCAGAGCUGUGUUGGCCCAGCAAAGAUUCAGUCCUCUUCACCUUUAUCAAAAAACUUCAGUGUUUCUUCUGGGAGAAGACAUUGGCUUGCACAGGAUAACCUGCCUGCCCAGGACUUUGCCCUUAGUUAUCCAAAAAGUAAAAAAUAUAACUGGACACCAAGAAAUGAUUAUCAAUUAGAAAAUCAUCCGAUCUCCCCACAAAAGAAAGCUGUUUCUUCUAGGCGACUUUCUUCUACUCCAGUUUCCAAGACAAAGAGAAACAUUCGUAGUAGGCUGUUUUCUGAAGAUAUACCUGGGUCCUACCUUGAAGCAUCCCAUCAGUGUGCUGACAAGCCUCUCUCUCCUAUUAUAAGAACAGACAAUCCUUCCCCUGACUCUGUUUGUAUUACCUCAGCAGCUUCUUCCCCUGUGCUCCAUGAACAAAAGAUGAGUCUUCAUAAUCAGGGAGACUCUGCAAAGCCCAUGAAACUCAUGUAUGAAGACCUUGGAAGUCAGGAGUCUGCCAAUGAAUAUCAAGAGGACAUUCCAGAACAGCUCGAAAGCAAUGUGUCACAUCCAUCCGGGCGCAUUGUUAGCGGAAGCCAAGGCCCGGUCUCAGUACUUCCAACAGUUACUUCUCAGCAGGACACAAGUGGAGCAGAGCUAACAGCCUUAGGGACUCAAAGGCAACCUGAAGAACAACAAGAGGAGGAGGACAAAUGGGAAGAAGAAAGAAGGAGAAGGGAAGCAAGAAGGUCGCUUGAGAGACAAGAAGCCUUGGAAAGAGAACAAGCAGAACUUGAGAAACUGAAUGAAGAAAUGAAUAUGCAGGAGUCGGUGACAACUAAAGAGAGAACUCAAGAUGAAAAUGCAGAUGAACUGGAAGUGAGUCUGCAGAAAGCCGAAGACCAUGGUGGUGACGCUGUUCCUAACCCAUUGGAAAAAUACAUGAAAAUGGUUCAACAGAAUCAAGAGCAAGAGAUUGCGAACAAGACUUCCAAGAAAGAAGAUGUUGACAUAUCAUCAGAGAGACUCCCAGGAAGCGAAAGGGAGGACAGUUUUAGUGCUGCAGGCAGCCUUCAGGGAGAACCUGAUGAAGAUUUCUGGUGAACAUCAACCACCUGCCUAGAAAGAUGAAUGUAAGAAAAACUUCAUGUAGCAAAAUGCUAGAUAUCUGUAAUCUUGGAAAAGCUUUCACCUGCAUAAUUAACUGAAGAAGUACUGCAUCAGAAUAUAUUUUUAGCUGAUUGCAAGGUUGUUAUCUUUAUUUGAAUAUUUUAGUAGAGACAUCCCUUAUUAGGCAUAUAUACAUUUGAUAUAGUUAAAACAGUGCAGGAAAACAAAUAAACAUAAUAAAAUAAAGGCAUAUAGAGGUGUAAUGAAUUAAGCUAAUAUAAUGAUUCGUCAAGCCCCAUAUCUUGAGGUUGAAGAGUAUACAUCAGAGCAGGGAACUAACUAAAGAUACUUCUGAUGCAAGGUUGUUAUAAACUGUUGGACUUGAAUCACACUAUGAAAGACUAUGUUUACCUGAACAAAACUAGUGAGUCAGUGUGCUAACGUAUAAUUUCACCUGUUCAGAAUAUUCCAAAUUAGCAUGAGAACAGCCACUUUGAGUCUAUACUGGUCCAAUACUAACUAUCUUCCCCUAUCCCAGUAGAAUCACUACAAAUCACCAGUUUGACUUUUAAAAUCAACCAUGUUUAGUAAGACAGUAAGCAUGGGAAAUAACCUCUCAAUUUUCAGUUAAUUCAGAAGUGGUUGCUUCCUAGGGCUUAUGCUACAGUUUUGAUAAUGGGUCAUCAACCAUAUCUGUGAUAUUUUUAUAAGUUUUAUUUGUAUCAGGGCAUUGCUUGAAAACUUUUCUACUGUUGCAAUUUAUUUCAAGAAAUUAAAUAUUGACUGUGUUUACAAACAAGUGGAAUCCUUGUCUAUCGAAAUAAGUAGUACGUUUAAAAAUAAAAUAAAUAUGUACUAAUCAUU